AUGAGCGAGACAAGCCCACCACCUGAAGCUCAACGCUUUGGUAGAUCCCAGACACCAGAGAGCCCACGACCCGUUCAUAUUCCCGAGCCUUCAAACAUCCCCGUGUUGCUGAACCAGAUGGACCCAGUCUUCAAUGACACUGCAACCUACAAUAUCCCCCAGAAUCAGACGUUUUCUCCUUAUUCAGACCCUGCGCGACCUAUGACUGAAACAAAUACUGAGCAGCGGGAAGCUGUUCAGAAUUUUUUACGUGGUGCUGAGGAAGAAACUGCGCAUCUGAAUCCCGCACCGAAUGUCAACGGUCAAAAGUCCCAGGAUGACCCCACGGUCGAGUCCAGCCUGCUUUCGGCCUUCGCGAACAGGGCAGCCUACCAACAAUCUUCUCAACCGGCAAACGAUACACCGUCUAUCCAUGGCCAACCACAAGAGGCGCCCCAUCUUGGCCAUGGACCUGGUCAACCGGCUACUAAUGACCAGGCCGACACCAACAAUGCCGAUGUAGUGACGGGAUCUGAGCCAGUGAAAACUAACGCUCAGUCUAGUCAAGGCGGAGUUGAUUAUCAGUCACUUCUCGACAGUAUUUCUCAGUCUGCUUCUGCUGCUUCUGCACAAGAACCUGCCUCUGCUCCAACCACUUCCACAUCGUUCGUCGAUCAUGGGUCACAAUCAUUGCCGCCUGCACCAGGUCUUCCCCCAAAGCCACCAGUCAAUGCAGGUUUGCCAGAAACUCCCAGUUACCAAAUGUUUCCCCAUUCCACUGCUGAGGCAGCAGCUCAGUAUCAACCCGUGAAUAAUGAUGCCGUCCAAACCAACAGUGCAGAAGCGCCCAUCCCAGGGUCAGCCCAGUCUGUGAUCCAAAACUUUGCCACUCAGUUUCCACCUGGUUGGCCCCAGGCUCUUAGCCAGCUAUCGCCCCAAAAUGUGCCACCUCAGGUGCCUGGUCAGUCUUUCCAGCCUCCAGAGCUGUCAAGGUCGACCGACCCCAGUGAGAGACCGUGGACGCCCACUACGCAAGGCUUGUAUGAUCGUUUCCUUGAAGAAGAAAGACGCUAUGUCACCGAGGGUAUUUGGGACAAAUUUCCUCAAGGCUCUCGACUCUUCGUCGGCAACUUACCCAGCGAAAAGGUGACCAAACGUGAUCUCUUCCAUACCUUUCACAAGCAUGGCCGCUUAGCCCAAAUCUCCAUUAAGCAGGCCUAUGGCUUUGUGCAAUAUCUGGAAGCCUCUUCGUGCCAGGCGGCACUUCAAGCAGAACAAGGAGUGGAGAUUCGAGGGAGGAAGGUUCACCUCGAAAUCUCAAAGCCACAAAAGAACACCCGCGGCCAAAACCAGGGACACAAGCGACGCCGAUCAAGAUCUCCGGAGCGCGGCAAUCAACGUCAGAACGACCGCUAUGGACGAAAUUAUAGUGAUCAUCGCGAUGACCGACAUAGACGUGACGACUAUCGUGGACGUUCUCCCUCCCCAAGAGGAUAUCGCUCAAGGGAUGAGUAUCGUUCUGGUGGACAGAGCCCCCGCUUUGGACCCGAAGGAGGACCCAGAUCCCCAUACGGAAGUUUUCCUCCCCCAAUUCCUGGAGGCUAUGACGAAGAAGCAUCAUUACCUUUGCCUCGAAGAGACCUUAGAGACGUUCCUGAUGUACAGUUGUUAGUCCUUGAACCAUCGGUUGCGCAGAGCUUCAUCACUUGGAUUGAGCAAGGUUUCCGCGCCAAAGGUCUUCGGGCCUCCACCAUCUGGCUCAGUCCUCGACUACCACUUAAUGGUGUGGUGAAAAGGCAGAUUAUUGAGGGUGUGCAGGCCGUUGUAAAACUGUCGCAAAGUGCACAGUACAACAGCAGAAUUCCACUCCAGGUCUUCGAUCGAUCUGCAGGCGCGUCCAAUGUGAAUUUCAAUGAGUAUGCUGAUCUUGACAUCCCAGUGGCUGCGGAUAUUGUCCUACAUGCCAGACAGAAGGAGCUUGGGUUCAGCCAGCCUGCCCAGUAUGCUGCGCAGGGAUACCCUCAAGCACAGUACAAUCAGCCGGCGCCCUCGCAGUUUCCACCACAGAUUCCACCGCCGUUUCCGCCUCCACCCUUGCAGCAACAACCACCGUAUCAAUAUGGACAGCCGCCACCAUUUCAAGGUCAUCCCCAGACACCUGUGACGCCGACUUCGUCUGCAAAUCUGCAACAACUGUUGGCAAAUCUCCGGCAGCCUGGAGAACAAGCCAACGCUCCGGCUGCAACGCCGACUACUGACAUGGCAGGUUUACUUGGCAAUGUUGCCCAUCAAGGCCAAAGUGGCCAAUUCCCGCUCUCUCCUUCUGGACAGCCACAACAGCAAGGAUACGGCAGCGCACCCGCAUACGCUUCUGGUCAGCAGCCACAACAAAACGUGCAGAACAUCAUGGACACGUUGGCGAGAUAUGGUCGAUGA